CGCAUCUUCUCUAUUCAUUCAAUUGACAGUUAAUGAAUUCUCAAAGUAGAAAAAAAAAGAGUUGUGAAAAUUGUGAAUUUGUGCGUCUUUUUUACUAUGCAAAACAAUAUUUUAAUCGUAUUGGAUUUGCGAAAGAUAUUCUAAAUUUUACCGGUUUCUAUAUCGCGUGGUUGAAAUAAUAAUCGAAUUAGGAAAAGUGUGUAGUACAAUCUAAACCAUUGGUGUUGAGGCCGCAUAAUGGACGCUGAUACCGCACUGGAAAGAACGGCGCCAACGGAUUACAGGCUCGUUUGUAGAACGUGCCUUGCUUCGGAUGCAGAAUUUUACAAACUCGACUCACCUCUUUUCUUGGAAGAUGAUGAUAGUGACCAAAAACCAGUGAGCUUUAUGGAAUGUUUGCGUUACUGUACACGUUUAGUUGAUAACGAUGAAAGUGAAAAUUUAGAAUUUCCAACAUAUAUAUGUACUGAAUGCAGUGCAUCUCUGCAAGUGUCCUACAAUUUCAUAAAAAAUGCACUUGAAGCGCAUGAAAUUUUACGACAAAAAUUGAGCGAAAAUUCUGAACAGCAGCAGAGAAAAUGCAAAGUACAGCGCAAGAAUGGCGUUAUUGGCGAAAAUGGGUGCAAAAGCGCGGGGUUGGAAGAUGGUGUGGAUACGGAAGCGACGAAAAUGCGUUUUCGGUGUAAAAUAUGCAACGAGAAAGUCGAAACAAAGAAAACAUUAAAAGAACACAUCAAAUUGCAUUUAGAUAUAAUUUCUUAUUGCUGUGAACUGUGUAGUUUCGAAUGCAAGAAACGUACUUUGCUAUUUGAUCAUUAUAAGUUGGCGCAUAACAUGCAACCAACGCGGGAUCAGUUAAAACCGAAAACCAAGCAACCUGUAAAAAAAGAGCAUAGCGAUAGCGAAGAUCCAAUUUCGCAAGAAAUGGAGAAAAUACACAAUACACAAAUAAAUGAUGAGUAUAUGCCUAAUACACAAUACGCGGUAACGGAACAACAAGAAGACUUAGAUAUGAAGCUAUUUCUAACACCUGCCAGUAGUAAUGCAUCAGCGGCAUAUGUGGAAGCGGCUGCAGCCGCAACUGCUAUUGAUGUACCCACUGACACGCACGAGCAUAGAACCAGCAUAACAAAGGAUUUGCAGCAAUACGGCACAGACCAAUUCAAUAUAACCGCAAAUGAAUUGAGUGUGGGCAAUGAAUUUAUCGUUAUGGCGGAUGGUACGGUGGAGGAAGUAAUGGGCAACGGUGUUGUCAUCGAGUACAUAAAUGCGGCGGAUGAUGGUGUAACAUUGGAAAACGGUUUGGUAUUGGAUAACAUUAUGCAAGUACAACCAACAGGCGAUGCCGAUCAGGCAGUGACUAUGGAUAUGGAUGUUGAUGAUAUUAUAAUUGAAGAAGGUGUCGGUAAUGAGCUAUCCAUGUCCAGCUUGGCCUCUAUUUCGAUGGAACCAGAGACCACAGUGCAAACGCUACAAAAUAUAGAAGAUGAACUGCCGCCACCCUCAAUCAUUACUACAAAUACAUUACUAAACGCAAAGCGUAUUAAGUGUAAAAUCUGCACAAGUAACUUUCUGACACAAGACCAAUUAAAAACUCACAUGCUAUCGCAUAAUGAAAUACCGCAUUUCUUUUGUGAUCAAUGCACGUUUUAUACAUUCUUUAAGAUUGAUUUAACGCAACAUUACAAAACGAAACACAAACUGCAGCCCACACAGAAGCAGUUGCAACCGAAAAAUAAAGUCAGACCGGCCGACAAGUCUGGCGAUUUUAAACAUAUAUACGCUUGCGAUUUGUGUCUCUUUGAGACGCGUAUAAAAUCGCAUUUGCGACGGCAUUAUUUGAGUCAGCAUCAAGAAGAAGCGACCGAAGUGCAAUUACGACCGACAAUCGAUGAAUCAGCUGUUCUAACGGUACCAGAGAUUUCACAGCCUGAAUCAUCAAAAAAAAGUGGCAAAUCAUUACGUCCCGACUAUCCCAAAGGUUUGAAUUGCAAAAAGUGUUCAAAAACAUUUUAUUGGCGCGAGAAGCUCAAAGAUCACUAUAGACAGCACGGUCUGGAAGAGAGCAAUAACAUAGAUGCAACAGUUGGUGGCGGUUUGGAUAUCUCUGGGCCGGGCACAAGUUUACUAAAACACAACACAUUUCAAUAUCAUAUGCCACAACAUGAUAGCAACAGCGUAAACAGCAUGCUCAACACCAACCUCAGUCACAACAAUUACAAUAGCAAUGUGGAUGCGAGUGUGUUGGAGGCACAAGCAAUUGUCGAUGCAGCCGUAGCGGAGGCACAAGCCGCUUCAAUGCAGAUUAAUUUGCAAAUGAAUCAACCAGCACCCGACAUCAUAAUGGAUAUACCGGUAGCGACGACAAUUUCCACCACCACAGUGCCAAUGGAUGCGACGGGCAAUGCGAGCGAUGUGCAUGGCAUGCAGCAGCAAGCAGUAAAUGUGAUGGGCGGCUAUGCUUGUCCGCAAAUACCUUCGGAUGCCAUACCGCAAGUGGUUGAGACGGACACAACCAUCGAUAACAGCGAAUUGGAUUUUGUUUUUAACGAUGCGCUCUUCGAAGAUUUCGAAGAAGAUGAAAAUGAGGACGAAGAGAAUGAGGAGGAUGACGGCGCAGACUUGCAAGAUUUGCUGCUAACAAGUGAUGACGAUUUCGACGAUAUGCUGCAGGAACAACAACAACAGCAACAACUUGAUGAGAGCGGUGUGGCUGCCGGUGACGCAUCGACGAACAGCAGCACUUAUCAGCCAUAUUGUGUGCACUGCAAUAAGAAAUACUUAAGUCAAUAUCAAUUCGAAAAUCACAUGUUCGUGCAUCGUGGUUUGGCUCCUUAUCGCUGUGAAAUGUGCACUAAUUUGUACAACACAAAGCGUGCUCUGAUUCGUCACUAUCGCGCGGUGCAUAAACGAAUUCCAACGCGGGAUAUGAUUCAGGCUAAGGGUGAUAAAGUUGUUGUCGAUCAUACGCCGAUUGAACAUUUGAAUCUUAUUGAACAGAAAGCGGUGACUUUAAUGUGCGCGAAAUGCCCUUACGAAUCGGUGGAUCUGCAAGUAAUGCAAAUGCAUUUGAACACCAUACACGGCCUUGCUGAUGAGAACUACAUCUUGCAAAAGUUGCCGUUCGAGUGUCCACGCUGCAUACGUUCAUAUGCGACGAGAGCGCGUCUUAUACGACAUUUGGAACGCAGUCACUCGGUGGCGACUAUAAUACAACAACAGCGUAUGCCAAAUAAUACAAUGCGAAAUCAAUUACAACAACAACAAUCAUAUAUAACAAUAAAAGACAGCGGCAAUGCAACGUCAAAAACGACAACAACAACAACAGUUGCAGCAUUAACCACACCCUCCAUAGCAGUGACAACAACAUCAACAACGACAAAUUCAAGUUGCGGCCGAGGCAUUGAAACGCAUUCAUAUCAAUACAACUACAACAACAGCAACAGCGAAGGUGACGUUGAUGCCAACGAUUACGAGGUUGGUGUUGGUGUUGAUGGUGGUGAUAGCAUUGAGGACAAUAACAACAAUGAUGAUGAUGAUGCACAUGCUAGCAAAACAUCCAAAGCAACAACAACAGCAACCACUAGAGCACAUAAAUCUAAAUCAACAACUACAACUACUAGAGCCACAAAAAAAUCGACAACAAGAAAAACAACCAAUACAACAACAAUUACCAGUGCAAUUACAAGUGACAACAAAAGCAGUACAACCGAAGCAGUUGAGCAAAUACUUGCCUACGAUAGCAUGUAUCAUCAAUUGAAUGCAAGCAACGAGCUAUUCGAUGAAUAUGCCUGUGGCAUGUGUUCGCAAAGUUGGCGCACAGCAGCCGAGCUGCAUGCACACGAAUGCAUACGUGCGGCUGACAACAGCAACGUCGCCGCCGUUGCCGUGCGCACUGCGGGCGAGAGUGUAGGUCUCAUCAAUUCGGAACGUUCCCUUUAUCUCUUCAAAUGUGAUAUAUGCCAUUGCAAUUACAAGUCCAGUGAAUUACUCAAACAUCACAUGAAACGACAUACGGCGCGUAAAUUUCGUUGCAAUCACUGUCCGAAGACGUACAUCAAUCGUAGCGAGUUGAAAUUCCACCAACUCACGCAUACCGGUGAGAAGCCGCACAAGUGUGAGAUGUGCCCGAAACAGUUUCGCUAUCCGCAUCAUUUGAAGCGUCAUUGCGAUGUCGUGCAUUUGGGCAAGCGUGCACGCUGUCCGGUGGAGAGUUGCGGCCGCACAUUUACGACGCAAGCGCAAUUGAAGAUACACUCGUGGAUACAUGACGGCAAUGAACCGUACCGCUGCAAGUACUGUAGGGAAUCGUUCAAGAAACGCGAGUCUUUACGGAAACAUACGCGCCGCAUACAUAAAUGCGAUCUAACCGAGGAGGAAAUCGCUGAAAUCUAUCGUCAAAGUGUUGGUCACACCAAUCCGCAUGACUUCACAGUGUCACUCUCGAAUGGACGCAUGCUGCGGCGUUCGGAUCUUGAAUUGGCCGCUCAACGUCCAGACGAAUACACCAACGAUUUGGCAGCCGAAACGGCAGCAGCCACAGCAGCAGCGGAGGUGGCGGCCGUUAGCAUUGUACAAACGGAAAUGGACGCUUCCAAUGCACUCUCGCCGCUAUUGGCAUCCAAUACACAUGAUAACAUGAAUUUGAAAUUCGGCAUGGGCGUCGAAGAGGAGGAUGAGCAUGCUGCGGUGUCUCAUGUGUCACAGAGCAGCGCCUCAUUGUCCACGCACGAGGAAAGCAUACACACCUACAUUCUACCCGGCAUGGAAGAGCACGGGCAGUUGCCGCAUUUCAAGCUUGAAAAUUCCGGCACAUUUUAGGUGGAUUCAAGUGUAUGUAAAUAACUAUGCUGUGUAUUCGCCCUUAAUUGCCACAAUCACCUUUACCACCACCACCAACACCACCUUCUACAAUCGUUUUUAAAUUUUUAAUUAAAUAUUUGAAAAUAUAUUUUAAUAUAAACAGUUACUACUUACAUUACUGUAUAUACAUACAUACAUAAAUAAACGAGUGCAGCCAUACGUCUGGUGUAUCGUUGAAUACGAACACAUACAUACAUAUAUCUACACUUGUUUAAACUAUUGUUUGGCCAGAGAUAGUGCGUCUCGAAAAAAAGGAAAGUAUUUAUUAUUAAACUAAAAAGAAACUUGGAUUUUUAAAGCGAAAAGAGUUUAAAAUAAGUUAGUAUGAUACUUGUGCUUAUGUAAAUACAUACAUACAUACAUACAUGUUUUUGUUCACACACAUACAUAUGCACUUCAUGGCAUAAAUGCUAUUGUAGAUAUUUAAACGUUAAAAGUAAUGUAAAUUAAUAAUAUUGUUAAUAAUA